AUGGCAUCAUGGCGGUGACUAUGUCCUUUACGAGUUUGAUUGUUGGAAUUUUAUCAGUAAUCUCUAUUACAUCUCCACCAGCAAGACGAUGCCGUAUCUACCCAGUGAAAAGAUUAGGGACAUAUAAGGCUGAGUAACUACAGUGCACCAGUUGGCGGCAGUGUUGCUGCUAUCUGACGUGCCGCGUGCCAGACCGCCUGUACCACAGAGCUACUGCGCUCAUUCCUUUCCUUGCCACUCGAAGAGACCAAAUCCAAUAUCUUAGAGUCGUCGGGAGUGAGCGCGCGGGUCACAGAACCUAGGAAGUAGACAUGAUUGGCUGAGACAGCUCACCACACCAUGGCCGCAGCUAUGUGGCCGACCUCACGCUACUCCAGGAAAGAGGCUGAUUGAUUUUGUCGCUCGAUCUGCGCGGAGGGCAUGAGCAAGCGUGCGAACAACAACCACAAGUCGAGUGAUAUGCGGGGUACCGUUAUUGGCAAGGAUGCUUGUAACAACAAGUAUUGGUAUUUUGAUGAUCUGAGGCUUUAUAAGGAGAACACGGCGAAGAAGCCCAGCAAGCGGGACUGGGAAUGCGUCUGCUCCAGCCUGCUGGAGUGGCAGGGCUUCGCGAAGCGGUAUGCGGCUAGCAAGAGCCCUGCGGAGAAGGACCUCUUCUCCUACGUCACCGAGAAGCUGAUGCCAAAGAUCGAGGUGCAGUUGAAGGUGAAGGAAGAACAGAAUGACGUGAAGCCCACCCUGCCCGAGAACAAUAAGCUGGUCAAAGCAGAGGCGAUGCUGACGCCUGGUGGGGGCAAUGGCAAGCUGGACGAUGUGCUGAAGACUGAGGACCAGGGCGUGCAGGAGAAGGUUGAGGCAUCGGAAAGCAAUACGCCGAUUUCUGUCCAGAUGCCAGGAACCCCUGCGACCCCUCAGUGCAACAGUGUGCAAGGGCACACUCCCAAUGGCGCAGCGGAUGGCAUGAAGAGUGUUGACAGCAGUACUCCGACCCCUGGUCCACAAUCUGCUACCUCACAACCACAAGCCGCACCCUCGAAACGGCCUACAAAGGCACCAACGCCGCAAUCUAGCAAAAUAUCGGGGGGUCCUGGUACACCGCAGCAGGUACCGUCAAAUGUGCCAAAACCACCUAUGGACCCCCAGUACAUGCAACAGCAGAGUCAGAUAUUCGUCUUCACGACGCAGAUGGCCAACAAGGCGGCCGAGGCCGUUAUGCAGGGCCACUGCCCGUCUAUCAUCGCCUUUCACUGCUCACAGCCAGCCACGAAACAGUUCUUACAGAAGCAUCCGAUGAAGCUUCAUCAGUUUAACAGGUGUUCUACCGCAUUCACGAAUCACAAUGGAAACAAGCCUAUCUGUUCCGUGCCCCCAGGCUCGUCCAGGCCGCUGGAGCAGCUACAAGAUAAGGUGAACCAGUUGGGCAAUGAGUGGCCGCAGGUGUCUCCAUCCUUACAGUGGGGAGGCCAGGGAGGUGGUCCAGCAUCUAGCCAGCCCAGUCCAGUGCCUAUUUCAGAUGUCGGACCUGCAGGGAUACUCUGUGAACAAAUGAUGCCUAAUGCCAUGAGAGAAAACCUGACUCCGCAGCAGCUGCAGCGUCGAGAAGAGCAACUGCGCAAGAUGCGUCGCAUCCAGGAGAUGCUCUUCCCCGAGAAGUGUCAGCCACAGGUGGCGCCGGGCGCGUCGCCGGAGGCGUUCUACCAGCAGCACGCGAUGCCGCCGCAGCAGCAGCAGCAGCAGCAGCAGCAGCAGCAGCAGCAGCAGCAGCAGCAGCAGAGCAUGAUGGGCAUGCCGCCGCGCGGGCAGGCGAUGAGUCAGAUGAUGAUGGCGCAGCAGCGGAUGGUGCUCCCGCAGGACCCAGAGCAGGCGAAGGCGCAGAUCGAGUGGCAUCGGCUGCAGGAGCAGUACAUGCGCGAGAAGCAGGUGAAGAUGAUGGGCGGUGCGCAGGUGAACCCGGGCAUGCAGGGCCCGCCGGGGCCGCCGCCGCCCUACAACCAGAGCCUCGGCCACCGCCUGCACAGUAUUAACAACCGGGCGUCCUCUACCUCACCGCACUUUGUGUCGCCGCACAUGCAGCCCGGCGACUUCCAGUUCAGCCCGCACGGCCCGCGCAUGAGCUCGCCGCCGGGGCAGCCCGUGCCGCCGCCGCCGCCCACCGGCGCGCUCGACCAGAACUACAACAGCCCCGAGAUGCUGUCGAAGCUGCAGCAGGAGCAGAUGAUGAAGGCGGGCGUCGCGGCGAUGGCGCCUAUGAGCCCGCAGGAGUACGGCGUGAUCGCCGGCGGCGAAGUGGCGGCGGCGAUGUACGGCCCGAAGCCGCCCGCGUACGCGCAGCCGCACAAGAUGAAGGAGGCGGCGGCAGACGCGCGCAAGGAGGUGAUCCCCGUGCCGUCGCCGCAGCCGAUGUCGUACGUCGCCGCCUUCGACACGCAGGAGCUGACGAUACAGAAGCAGCUCAACACGGCAUACAUGGAGCCGGGCGGCGCGCCCGCGGCCGCCACCGCCGGCUCUGGCUUCAUCGAUGACCCCACAGCGCGCCAGUUUGUCGACGGACAGUUCGAGCCGGUGCACCCCGGCGGCAUGCCGCCCCACCCCGGGGGCAUGCCGCCCCAUCCCGGGGGCAUGCCGCCCCACCCCGGGGGCAUGCCGCCCCAUCCCGGUGGGAUGCCCGUGAACAUGAUGCCGGGUCAGGCGCGGAUGGGCGCGCCGAUGAUGCAGCGGCUGCACUCGAGCGUCGGGCCUGUGCACGAGAUGGCAUUCUCGCCCGGUGGCCAGAAGGUGCAGCAGCAGCAGCAGCAGCAGCAGCCGCACGGCGGCGGCCACGAGCCGUACAUGCCUGGUCCGCGGCUGUCGCACUUUGAGCCCGGCCACGGCGAGAUGUACGGGGCGGCGGGGCGGCCGCUGGCGUUCGUGAGCAGCGCGCCGCCGCAGCAGCACAUGCCCCCGACCGUCAACAACACGUACGUGAACGCGACCAUGUCCAUCCAGCAGCUCAACAUACAGAAUAUUCCCGGCUCGGCGUACAACGCGCAGAUGCAGGUCGGGCAGACGAACAUGCAGGCGGGCGCCCACAUGGGCGUCCCGCACGGCGCCCAAGCGAUGCAGCACGGCGCCGGCGGCGGUGCGCACCCGCAGACUAGCAUGAGCAUGCAGCAGGCGAUGAGCGCUGGCUCGUCACAGCAGCAGCAGCAGCAGCAGCAGCAGCAGCAGCAGCAUCAGCACGGGGUCGUGGUCACCGCCAACCAGACGGCGAUGUCGCAGCAGAUGGUCGCCGCGGGCAUGCAGGGUGGCGGCGGGCAGGCAGCCGGGCCGCGCACGCCCGGUGCCCCCAACGCGAGCGUCCAGGUGCAGGCGAACGCGCCGAACACGAUCCAGUACCGUCCAGCGAGCGCGCAGCCGACGUCCGGUCCUUCGCGACCUCUGAACCUCGACUUUCUGCAGCGGUUUGCGACGCCGAUGGCCGCCGGCAUGGAGAAGAAGGCGUCCCAGAAGCAGAAUCUGCAGUUCUUUGGUGGCGGCGGUGGUGCACUGGGCAUGAUGAAGGGCGACCCGGUGCACUCACCCGACGCGAUGUACGCGAUGGACCCUCAGCAAGCGGCUGCCAUGCAGGCGAUGCGGCCCGGCAGCGUGGGCAGCAUGCACGGCUCGGGGCCCGCGACGCCGGGCCUGCCUCCCGGUGGUCCCGGCACGCCGGGAAUGCCCCCGGGGGCGUUGGCGGGCCCGCCGGGAAUGCAGGGUCCGGGCCCGAAUCCGGCUCAAGUGAUGAUUCAGGGUCCGGGGCCGGGCGCGAUGCAGGGUCCGGGGCCGGGCACGAUGCAGGGUCCGGGGCCGGGCACGAUGCAGGGUCCGGGGCCGGGCACGAUGCAGGGUCCGGGGCCGGGCGCGAUGCAAGGUCAUCGGCCUGGGAUGAUGCACGGCGCCGGCAUGGCCAUGAUGCAGAGUCAGGGACAGGGCAUGAUGCAGGUUGCCGGGGGGCCGGGGAUUCCCGGCAUGCCUACCUCGAUGCACAUGAGUAGUAUGCACCAGCAACAUGCCAUGCUGCAUCACGCCGGCAUGGUGCAGAGCCAAGCGAGGCUGGGCAUGCCGCAGCAGCAGCAUGGUCCCGGGAUGGGCCAGCACCCUCAGGCACCCGGCAUGAUGCAGCAGCAUCCAGGGAUGGGGAUGGGGGCAGGCAUGAACAUUGGGGUGCCGCCGACGGGGCCUGGGCCGGGAAACAAGAUGAUGAUGUCGGAGAUGGGAUUGCAGUCACAUAUGCACCAAAGUAUGCCUGGCAUGAGUCAGUCCAUGCACAUGAACGCCUCUAUGCAACCACUCGAUCCAAACCAGCCCUACUUUCCACCCGUCUCCAGCGACCCUGCCUACAAUGUGCAGUUUCAGAACUUUCAGAAGCAGCUGUAUGCCACUGCCAGUAGUAAAUCAAAACAGCAGCCUCAAUCAAGCCAGGGCAUGCCAUUCUGAUGCUGAAGGUUCAACCAGCCUUUGAGCUCAGAAUUGUACGCUAAGAUAUCUCAUUAACACACUGAGUUGGCGGGAAAAGCCCAGAGCCUACGUCUAAUUCGUUCAAAGCGAGUUUGUUUUGUGGUGACGAUGAAUUUAUUGAUUGUCUGCCACUGCCAAAUGUGCCAUAUUUGGAAUGUUGUCUUUUAUAUUAUCUUCGUGUAUAUAAAUGAAUUUACUCUGCCAUUUUUGGAUUGAUUGCACCUGCCUGUGCUGGCGUGUGCUGAUUUUCACGUACCUUCCGUACAACCUUGUACAGAUGCUGUAAAUACAUGGAUAUUUUCGCACGUCGCACAAGCACAGGCUGAUGGAUAUGACGAGAGCUGGUUUGGCCCUAGACGAACUUAUCUGCAUCUUAGCACUGAUAAUGGGGGAAUACCAGCCUCUGCCUACACCGGUUGUAAUAACGCGAGAUGGCUUCUUCUGAGCAUUUCCAUUUCGGAAUGAAGUUCUAUUUCUAUGGUGAUAUGGGAUGCAGGUAGGGCUGCAACGAUACGUAUGUGAUACACAAGUCACGAUGAGAUACGUGUUGUGAUACAAACGAUACGGUGUUGCAAAUGAUGAAGUAUGACAAACAGAAAUUUAAUGCCAAGUUGCCAUAACGCGAUACCAGCCCUACGUCAUCAACUUCAUUAACUGGUGCCUGGCCAUGAGUUACUACCUAGUCAUGGGGCACAAGUGUACGCACAUACAAGUGUAGCAGUCGACCGUGACUAGUAUCCGCAAGUGGAGCCAGGUUAUUGAAUUGAUGCAGAUACCAGCGCAAAUGUGUAAUGUGCGAACGUGAAUGUGAUGCUGAGUAACGAUUAUCCUAGCAAAUUAGGUUACUCGUAUUUGUUCAAGUUCGUGAGUGAGUGGGUGAGCGAGCGAGCGGGCGAGCGAGUGAAUACGUAACUAAACUAAAGCAACACCCGAUUUGCCCAUUUUUAUUAGCAAGUCAAAAGCCGACGAAGCGUUUGCAUCUCUAUACAGACCAGAACGUGUAACAAAUCGUAUCGUGACUUGUGUAACACAAUACACCGGUGUUGUAGUAUAUCGUUGCACCCUAGAUGCAGGUAGCAAAGUUUGUCAACUAAGACAACGUGUAUAUAUUAUUGAGAGGGGACAGUGCUUGCUACACUGAUUAAUUUAAACUGGAAUUUAACCGGAUCUGUAUGCAAAUAUAUAAUACUGCUGAGCAGGUUAUUGGUAUUGAUUACACUUUUAUUGAAAAUAAUAUCAUCUUUACUUAGUUAUUGUUUUAAUCAAUAACCCUACGCUGACUGAUGAGAAUAUAUCAAACUGCAUGUUCUGAUCUCAGAUUGAAUCCCUAUCCAGAGAUUAAUAAGUCGAUGGAGUUUACAAUAUCAGGCGUUCAAGUGACAACAAAACGGGCGUAUUUCGAAAAAAAUUGUAAUCAUGCUUGUAUUGUCACAUAUGAUAGCGUUUUGGUCGCUAUGGCAAUGUUUGGGCAUAUGCUUUUGGUGUAGCAUAUGCUCCUGUCCUGUUCACAUCCCGGGUCUCCAGAUUUUAUUUUGACAGAAAAUUGCUUACCAAAAUUUGUAUCAAAGAGUGUGACAUCUUUUCUACUAGUUUUCAUAUCGUUUCUCCUGGAACUGACUCGAUCAGAAACUACUCCGACGAUUCACACUGGAACUGCUUCGUUAUCGAAAAGAUAUUAGUGCGUGAAAACUAUGAUCGUGGUAUUUUGUCACUAAUGGGCAAAAUCUUAUUGUUUUGUGUCAUUGUCGACAUUUCCUUCGUAUAAACUUGUAUUGCCUGCUGUAUGGUGCAUUUAGUGCACGUACUGUUUGUGGCAUGUGCGCACGUUUCUAAUUACGGAUGGACCAUAAAUCUCAAAUGUAUUUCGCAGUACGCGCCCCUCCGCUCUCAUCAUGACUGGCAGUUGCGGCUGCGAGAUUGUCGGCGUCGUUCGCAGUCGGUGAGAAAUCGUUCGACCAAGUUCCGCCGGUAAAAUUCGCGAAUAAAACGUUUUAGCGUGACGGGCGAAUCUAAACCAGGAGUUUACCCGGUUAUACUUGACCGAACGUUGUUUUGGUUGUAAAAAAACAUCGUCGUUUAAGGAUCAUCCUUUUAUAUUACAUGGCUGACGAAAUGCAUCAAUUGUAAAUACUGAAACCAUACACUUGUAAUACGUAAAAUAAGAAAUGCAUUCACGUAUUGCAUUUUUAUUAUAUAGAUUGAGAGAAAGGUAUUUUAUCUUGAUAUGUUUAGCAUUUUAUAAAGCAGUGGUGAAUGCUGUAAAACAUUGUAGAUUUGUAAGAUAAUAUGCAAAUACUAUACUUUGCAUCAGUUAUAUAUUGUAUUUUACCAGCGUGUCAGCUAGCAUUGCGACAUUUUUCUGUUUCUCAUUGAUCGUAGGUUCUUAGCCAGUUAGUAAUCAUGUAAGUAAGCGCUCAGCUGUUUAACGUAGAGAAGGAGAGGGAGAGAAAGAGAGAGAGAGAGAGAGAGAACGAGAGAUAGCGAGAGAGAGCCGGACCACUGCUCAGUAGUUUCAUACCACUAUAAGCGGAAAUGUUGACAAAUUUCAUAACAAAAACACACUCUGCCCUGCCCCUAUGUCGGUCGUAAUUACAGACGCUGCCAGUAACGUGUUAGUGUCGUCAAGAGUCAUCGUCCUCGUAUUUUGGUGUUCUGUCAAUGUCUGCCGAACGCAGACCCUCACGGACUGAGUGCGGCAGUCUUGUAUAUUCAAUCUCUCCACGUGUGUCGGGUAUGCACGCGUUACUCAUCAGUUGCUAGCAUUUUGUCUAGGGGUAGUUCAACUCAUGUAAAGGACACAUGCAUGCGGGGCAAAAUACCAAGUGGGUUGGCAGUAAGUGAAAGUUAACUGUAGAAAGGUGUCUAUUUUUGAUACAUUUUAUAUGUUUGGAGCCUUGACUGAGUAUUCAGUUUGUGUAUCCAGGUUUUUGUUACUGUAAAAUAUUGACCCAGAACCACGAGAUUGUUUAAUGUGAAUUCAGAAAUCUGUGAAAUUAAUAAUAAAAGGGUAAUGAAUUUUAUAAAAUA